GCCAAAACCUCCCCACGCAGCCCGAGCCAUCCACGUCCGCACCGCACCAGCAGCUAGCAGCAGCGGCCGACGACGACUCGCUACCGAUGGCGUCGCUCACCAUGAUGGCGCCCUCCUUCGCGGCCGUGGCGGCGGCCGCGCCCUCCCGCCGCGGCAGCCUCGCCGUGGCCAGGGCCGCCAAGGUCGAGCGCUGCCAGCAGCAGCAGGAGCCGGCGAGGCUGGCGGCGACCGCCGCCGAGGCGGCACCCGCCGAGGGGCGCCGCGCCGUGAUGAUCGCGGCGGCGGCGGCGGCCGUCGCGGCCGUCGGCGGCGCUGGCGCCGCCAUGGCGGACCCCAAGAACGGGAGCCCCGAGGCGAAGAAGAAGUACGCGCCCAUCUGCAUCACCAUGCCCACCGCCAAGGUCUGCCACAACUGAGGCCGAGCGCGCUAGCUGCUGGUACAUAACACGCGCGCACGGUUCGUCUCUCAUGUUGAUGAUUCUUCGAGCUUAGUGAGACGGCUUGCAUGGCCCGGUCGCCAUGGACGGUCUCAAAGUUGUAAUGUUAUUGCAAAUUCGAAGAUAAAACCGUUCCUGCUUCGUUA